UUUUUUUUUUCCUUUUCGAUUCUGUCAGCUCUGUUCUUGACAUUGUUCUAUAAACGCUGUUUGUAUGCACGACCAUCCCCCUCCCGUUACACACCCCCGCAGCCUUCUUUUCUAGCUACAUAGCUCCUUCUCUCGCUUUCUCUCUCGCUCCCCUCGCACACACCUGUUCACUCACUCACGGUCGAGCGUAUCGCCACCAAAACGACGGCACCCUAUCAGAUUGCACGAUCCAAAACCUACGCGUCUCCUUUGCACCCCCUGCUCCCCCCUGCCAUUACUUUAACCUUCGUCUCUCACUCUCCUGCCUUACUUGGCUGAGCACUGGGAAGGACAACCCCGUCUAUGGACACAUCGCCAGUCCGUUCAUAGCUCAGCAUCCACUUAAAACACAACCCGCCUAUCUUUCUGCGGCCCCAUACACAACCCACAACAUGUCCAACAUCAUCGCCCCCAUCGUGGCCCGCUACAGCCUCUUCUUCACCCUAGCCCUCUCAGAUUCUUCCCGAGUGGCCCGAUCGAAGCACCCGCGCCAGGUAGUGAGCGAGCUCGUGCUGAAUGCGCAAGAGCGAUUCCAGACGCACUAUUAUGCAAACGCAGCCCGCAAGUGGCGUGCCCUCGUCCGGAACGUCUCCACCGCCUCAUCCUCAUCCACCAACUCCCAGUCCUCGCACUCCUCUGCCGCAUUCUCGGCCCCCUCCUCUGCGGCCUCGUCCGCCGGCUUCUCCACACCCCACCUCACCACCGCUGACGGCACAUGCGAAGACUGCUUCCCGUGCUGCACAUCCUCAUCACUCCCUCCACCAAUCCCAGCAUUCCCGACCAGCGGGAAGAAUGCCCCCGACUGCAAAUCCCCAGGCAGCGAAAUCGACCACGCAACAGCGCUGCCCUCCCCCCCGCCUUCGCCCACGCUCCACUCCUCAUCAGCCCAUACGCUUCCUCUGCUGAAGUCAGCCUGCGCCUGUACCUGCUUCACCUCCCAGCAACCCAAUUUCCCCUUUCCGCAAAGCCUCUCUCGCUCUUCUCGCUCCAAGGCCGACAAGAUCGCCCGUCGACGCCAGCGCGCAAAGAUAACCGCCGUCGCAACUCUGCUCUCAAUCACCCUCACCGUCAUCUUCCUCAGUCUCCUGCAGACCAGGCGACAGAUCCUGCGCAAGAGGAAAUCUCUGAGCAAACAACAGCGCUCCCAACAAGCUUCGCCCAACCCUUCACAGCAGCAGCAUGAUCGCUCACAAUACCUCGCAAUUAGAGAUACCACCCCUAAAACACAGACAUACACCCGCCACAGUACAACAGCUGUCAACACUACUCCAACCCGCCACGUCAAGGAUGAGUAUGUGACAACAUGGCUCAAGCAUCAGGAUUUUUCACACAGCGAUAUCGAACUCGAGGUGUCAAGAGACGAGAACAUUGACAGGGAGCCGUCUGCUUGUUCAGAUGAACGCGCCGUGAGUUUUCGCCCACGAACCCAUCGUCGCUCUAGCUCACUAUCGAACCCUAGUACAUCUAUGCCCAUGUGCGGGUACCGGUCCUAUGCCGAGAAAUCGGAGGCGGAUCAGCACCGAAUGUACGAUCAGCACAAGAACCCUUCGUCUCAACUGCAUCAUUACCGAAUCCAGCACUUUCCCUAUGUCGAACAGCGUGUCCAGGCACAAUCGGUCCAGCACCACCGAUACCAGACCGUGCCAGCCGCUGUCGACACCGCCUUUGCCUGUGGCGCGCCUCUGAAGUCGGCCGAGGAGCUCGCGUGGGAACGCCACUAUUAUUAUCAGCGCCUGCAACAAGAGGAGGAACAGAUGGCGCUGCAGCUCCAACAGGCGCAGCUGCAGUACGGUGCACAGGUUUAUGGUGCACGACCACUUCAUCAAGAUGCCUCGGUCGCUCGAACCGGUUCCCUCAACCGACUGGCUUCGCCAGCCGUCCUCUCCACCGAGACCUCUCGCGUGCUGGGGCUCUGUCGAUCCAACACAUUUUCGCUUUCAGCCGCCGCCAAGAGGAUGAGCUUGAUCAAGAAAGAAAACCCCAGUCGCGCUGCAAUCCCCGUGCCUGCAGAGGACACAAAGGGAGCAGCAGUCGCACAUAGGAGCAGUCCUGCCAGAGCCACUGAAGUCGUCCGUACGACACCCCAUGUAGCGGUCUCGACCACGACUACUCAGGCAGUGAUGACCCACAAGAAGACACUGAGACAGCAUUUGACGCCGUCCUUCCGUUCCCUGGCAAGACAAUGCUCACGCUUCGGCGGCAGACCCAAUUCGUUUGCUGGAACGAAGACGACCCCCGUUCCCGAUUGUCCACAGGGUCGACGCUCUCUGGGAUCACGGUCCGGUGCCAACUUCGUGGCCAGCGGGGGACACAUGUCCGAUUUCAAACCCCUACAGGCCGGCCCGGAGACGAUUGAGAUCCUGAAGCAGAAUCAGCUGAAGGCAUCCCAAACCGAGACACUGCCGGAGCUGAUCCAGGUGAACAGGCAGUUGGCUCUGUUUCGAUCCAAGACGACGCGUGUACCGGGAUCCUCUCCUUAUGGACAAAUGGGCGCCCGUGCCGAGACACUCCCGUCGCGCUCGAGCCACAGAAACUCGCUGCGAUUCGCCAAUGGCCGCGGACUGGAUUUUUCCACAUUCAUCGAUCCCAAUCACGGCCUCCAAGCCCAGGGCUCGGACAAGGAGGAGAGGCGCCCGUUGGCUGCUGCGUCCGUGCCAUCCUUAUCGGGGGUGUUGGGAUCGGAGGCGGUCCCGGAUGAGGAGGAACACGAGUCGAUGCGUAGACAGAUCGCCACGAUUUUGUCGCUCACCCGAAAGGACAGGCAUCGUCGACAACAAAAGUCCUCGCUUUCGAGAUCGGGGAGUGCGACCCUGUCGUUGUCAUCGCUGUCGUCGUCGUCGUCUUCUUCUUCUGCGGCGGGAUUCCCGCAGCAGCAGCAGCAGCAGCAGCAGUGUCUCUCACCCUUGGCGGUGGAGGCCCAGGAGGUGUUGCCUCAGCAAUGGGAGGAUGAGGAGGGAGAGGCGGAGAGGGAGAAGAAUAUGAUUGAAUCGGAGCUCCAGGAUCCCUGUGAGCACAUUGCGUUCAUGCUCGUGCCAAAGUCGCGAUACGAAUUCCAGCCCUUGGUAGUGUAGACGCAAUUUAUUUUUUUGCGCACCCAUUUUUUUUUUCUCUUUUUCUUUUUCUGUAUAUAUCAUUCGAGGCGUGAGCCUUUUUCAUAACAUUGUACAUAGUCAUCCUAUCAUCUUAUACCCCAGUAUGCGACCCAUUUUCUUUUCUCUGUAGAAGCUAGUCUUGAUCAGCAAACAGUGACAGCAACUACAGCAACAAUAGCAACAAUAGCAAUAAUAACAACAACAGCAGAAGAGUGUAGAAAUAUAUACAAGCAUUCAAAAAUAUAAUCG